CAUGGGGACCUGGAUGCUGACGAAGGCUCGCGAGGCUGUGAGCAGCCACAGUGCCCUGCUCAGAAGAUCCAGGCUCUUCAGUCAAGCCGGUUCUUCAUUCGCACUCGGCAGCACGGGCAGGCGAGUGGCCCUUGGUUCUGGAAGCAGGGCAGCAGUAUUCUAGUCCUGGUCCUCCAUCCUCCAGCCUCGCCUGCCCCCAGUGCUAGCAUGGCCACCAUCACCUGCACUCGCUUCACGGAAGAGUACCAGCUCUUCGAGGAACUGGGAAAGGGAGCCUUCUCUGUCGUGCGCAGGUGUGUGAAGGUGUUGGCCGGCCAGGAAUAUGCUGCUAAGAUCAUCAACACCAAGAAACUCUCAGCCAGAGAUCACCAGAAGCUGGAACGGGAGGCCCGUAUCUGCCGCCUGCUGAAGCACCCCAACAUCGUGCGGCUCCAUGACAGCAUUUCUGAGGAGGGACACCAUUAUCUGAUCUUCGACCUGGUCACGGGUGGGGAGCUGUUUGAAGACAUUGUGGCUCGGGAGUAUUACAGCGAAGCAGAUGCCAGUCACUGUAUCCAGCAGAUCCUAGAGGCUGUGCUGCAUUGCCACCAGAUGGGGGUGGUGCACCGGGACCUGAAGCCGGAGAAUCUGCUGCUGGCCUCCAAGCUCAAGGGCGCAGCAGUCAAGUUGGCGGACUUUGGCCUGGCCAUUGAGGUGGAGGGGGAGCAGCAGGCAUGGUUUGGGUUCGCAGGGACUCCUGGAUACCUCUCCCCAGAAGUGCUGAGGAAGGACCCAUACGGGAAGCCAGUGGACCUGUGGGCCUGCGGGGUCAUCCUGUACAUUCUGCUGGUUGGGUACCCCCCUUUCUGGGAUGAGGAUCAGCACCGCCUGUACCAGCAGAUAAAAGCCGGUGCCUAUGAUUUUCCAUCACCGGAAUGGGACACCGUUACUCCAGAAGCCAAGGAUCUGAUUAAUAAGAUGCUGACCAUCAACCCAUCCAAGCGCAUCACAGCCGCUGAGGCCCUCAAGCACCCCUGGAUAUCGCACCGGUCCACUGUGGCCUCCUGUAUGCACAGACAGGAGACCGUGGACUGCCUGAAGAAGUUCAAUGCCAGGAGGAAGCUGAAGGGAGCCAUCCUCACCACCAUGCUGGCCACCAGGAACUUCUCUGGAGGGAAGAGUGGAGGGAACAAGAAGAAUGACGGUGUGAAGAAAAGAAAGUCCAGUUCCAGCGUUCAGUUAAUGGAAUCUUCAGAGAGCACUAACACUACCAUUGAGGAUGAAGACACCAAAGUGCGGAAACAGGAAAUUAUAAAAGUGACAGAGCAGCUGAUUGAAGCCAUAAGCAAUGGAGAUUUUGAGUCCUACACGAAGAUGUGUGACCCGGGAAUGACGGCCUUCGAACCCGAGGCCCUGGGCAACCUGGUGGAGGGCCUGGACUUCCAUCGAUUCUAUUUUGAAAACCUGUGGUCCCGGAACAGCAAGCCUGUGCACACCACCAUCCUGAACCCCCACAUCCACCUGAUGGGUGACGAGUCGGCCUGUAUCGCCUACAUCCGCAUCACGCAGUACCUGGACGCAGGCGGCAUCCCGCGCACCGCGCAGUCGGAGGAGACCCGCGUCUGGCACCGCCGGGAUGGCAAAUGGCAGAUCGUCCACUUCCACAGAUCCGGGGCGCCCUCGGUCCUGCCCCAGUAAG